CAUUUUCUCUCACAUCACUAACUCUGUCCUUUCUUUUCCGUCAAAAUUCCUCGUUGACACUUCGGCUGAGAAGGGCAGUUUCUCCAAUUCCCAUCUGAAAUUUCAGUUCCUUCUUCGGCCAACUUCAUCGCUGAAACCACCUCUAUACGCUGCAUUCAGAAUUGAACAAAUUGCCACGGUUAAACAGCCGUAAUGUCCUCUGUUCAGAGAAGGCAGCAACCUAUAGAUGUUUCAAAGGAAAAUGGAGGCGCCAGAGUACAGCAACAACAAGAUGUUAUGCAGUCAAGAGGUGGUAAGAUGUCCUCGAGGCUCGACACCCCUACAGUGACAGGUGCUGCUAGGAUUGUCCCAUCUAGAUAUAGGCAAACUCCUCAGUCCUUACUCCGUUCUAGUUCAACGAGUAAUCCUGGAUUUGCAUCGGUCAGUGCUGCUGCUAAACUGUUACAGGAGGCUAUUUCUACUCCUGUAAAUCCUUGUUCAGUGUCAAGUGGUGAUGGAGCAGUUGUGCAUAAAAAGCUCUCCAAAGUUUCAACAGGCAAUGAUGCUGAUGGCUGUGCUGCUGCUGCUGAGAGCAAUUCAUGCCCGAAUUCUCCGGUCUGCACUCAGAGAAAGCAGCAGCAAAUUAAAUUUUCUAAGGAACAUGGCAGCACUAGAGUACAUCAACAGCAACUUGCAGAUGUUUUGCAAUCAAAAAGUAGCAAAACCUCCUCAAGACUUGACACACCUACAGUGACUGGUGCUGCUAGGAUUAUCCCGUCUAGAUAUAAGACUCCUCAGUCUUUACACCGUCACUGUCCAACCAAUAAUUCUGGAGGAACAUUGGUCAGUGCCGCUGAUAAACUAUUGCGGGAGGCUACUGCUACACCUGUGAAUCCGUGUACAGUAUCUCAGGAUGAUGGAGCAUUAGUCUCCAGAAAGCUUUCAAAAGUUUCGACUUGUCAUGAUGUCGAUUCUGGUGCUGCUGCUACUACUAAGGGAAGUUCAUGCCCGAGUUCUCCAGUUUGCACUCAGACUACUAAGGGAAGUUCAUGUCCGAGUUCUCCAGUUUGCACCCAGAGCAAUAAGACGCGGACAUUAUCAACGGUGAGGUCUUCUAUGCCCGAGGUUGAUAGAUGUCUUACUGAGAGAAAUAGAGACAAUAAUAGCAGAACAUUUGAUGAUUGCAGUUCUUAUAAACCUGCAUCUUCUAGUUGCGCUCGUUCACUGCAUUUGCCAACUGCUGGCAACGAAAAUUCCUCCUCUUGGCUGUCUCUCAAACCAAAUGACAUGUUUGCUUCCAUCCCUUCUAGAUCUUCUUUCAAAAUGGGGAGCCUUUGCUUGCCUCCACAUCCAACAUCCAAUAAACUGGGACCAGAUGCAAGGAAAGGAAGGAAGGGUUUCUGUGAUCAAGAAGAUGUGCAUUCCUUCAAGUUGCUCUAUAAUCGUUACCUUCAAUGGCGAUUUGCGAAUGCCAGAGCAGAGGCCUCUAUGCAUUCUCAAAGACAGGACAAUGAGGGAAGACUUUAUUCUUUUGCACACCAGUUAUCUGGUUUACGUGAAGCUGUUCACCGGAAACGCGCUGAACUUGGUUAUUUGAAAAGGAUCAAAACUUUAUCCACUAUUCUUGAAGCACAAUUACCAUGUCUUGAGGAAUGGGCUAACCUGGAAGAGGAUUACUCAACUUCUCUUUCAGGUACAACUGGUGCCUUGCGCAAUUGCUCUCUAAGACUUCCUAUCAGCGCGGAAGUUCAGGUUAAUACAAGAGAGUUAGGAGAGGCUCUUAAUUCAUCUACAAAGGUGAUGGAAAUGAUCAGUUUGCAGAUUCAGAACUUUAUGCAAAAGGCAGAAGAAACAGAAAGUUUAAUAUCUGAACUAGCUAGAGUGAGUGGUGUAGAGAGAGCUCUUGUUGAGGAAUGUGGGGAUUUAUUGUUGAAGACAUAUAUCUCACAGGUGACAGAAUGGAGUUUAAGGGGACAGAUGAUUCAAAUGCAUAGAAACAACCUUCAUCAAGUUCAGAAAGAGUGAAGAUUCUCAAGGGCGCCUUCACCCCUAGGCCAAUAAAGCUCUUGCUUUUAGGCCCCAAAAAUUAUUUUUUAUUGGAUAUAAAAAUAUGUAA